AUGAGGUACACCCAGCUGAGCAGUCGGGUGGUGAAGCUGAGUCAGGAGCUGAAGGAGGAACAGGAAAUGAACCGCUGUCUGAGAGCCAAUCAGGUGCAGCUUCAGUCUCAGCUGGCGGACGAGGAACGCAAAGGAAAAGAGACGGGAGAGCGUAAAGACGAGACGAUAGCGGAGCUCCAGGAGCAGCUGAGAGACGUCAUGUUUUAUCUGGAGACUCAGCAGCAGAUCGAACAUCUUCCUCCCGAAGCUCGCAGCGAGAUCCAGGAGGGGCAGAUCAACAUCGCAGCGAGCGGCGGCGGAGGAGCGUCAGAUCCAGCCGGAGCCGGGACUUCCUCUUCCUCUUCCUCCUCCGCCAGAGGAAGGAGAGGCAGAGAGACGACGUGA